UCUGGCUGAAUCAGCUGUCGUAAGAAUAAGUUUUGCUUGCGUAUCGCUUGCUCGUACGACUGUGAUCACUGAUCAACUUGUGAGGUCAAUUAAAUUCGGUCCCAUUCAACUUACUUAAGUGUGUAUAGGCAUUUUCUACAUUCGUUUUCCCUUAAGUACUUACGUACUUAUAUGUUCACGUCAAAAAGUCUGUGCGGCUAAAUCGUGCAUCGGGAGACACGGGUGUUUUUGUGGUUUUUGUGCUCUUAGUGCUACAUAUUGUUUCAUCUAAGAUGAUCUCGAAUCCAGGAAUGAGAAGAUUCUGUGCCACUUGCCUUACUGCUCUUGUUGCAUUUGUUGUGAUGACAGUCGGUGAGGACUCGGGGUCUUUCCCAAAUUUGAAUGACUUGGCGCAAAACGCGAAGGACUUCAAUUUGGAAAACUUGGACAACCUGCCGAGCAGCCUCAAUGCCUCGGAGCUCCCCAACAUAGAAGAGGGCGAGAAACGCAUCAAAGAAAAGUGCAUGAAAAAUGGCGGCAACACCUCAUACGAUGACUUCCUCGUUGUGAAAGACGAAACUCAAGUUUGUCUGAAAGGUCUUCUGAACUACACCGAGCUGAAGACUGAAAUUGAGGAGGCCAAACCGACGGGUGACCUGGAUAUUGUCUUUCGUAAAUAUUGCAAGAAAUCGCCAAUUCUGAAGGGCUGUAUCCUGAAUUUCACAUCUGCUGUCGAGCCAUGUUUGGAGGAGUCUGAAAAAGCCUUGAAGAACACUGUUCAAAAUAUUACAGAAGCCCUGUUAAACUUCAUCUGCUUCAAGGAAGGCGAUAAAAUUGCGUUAUUUAUUGCUGAAGGAGGACCGAGCUGUAUUUCGGAGAAGAACGAAGCUAUCCAGUCGUGUCUGAAUUCCACUUUCAGGAAGUACCUUCCAUCAGACUUAGGAGAAGAAACUGUUCUCCCACUCCUGAAAUUAGGAGAACAAGAAUGCCAGGACGUGUUCGAGCUUCAAGCAUGUCUGGUUAAAGAGCUUGAGACAUGUGAAGAGCCAACUCCAGCAAACAUCAUAGACUCUCUGUUCAACUUCGUUUACAAACAAACACCAUGCAAUGGCGUAAAACCAAAGCAUCCCAAGAAAUUAGCAGAUGGUGUUACGGGGGUUGCAUCAUCUCUUCACGUCUUCAGCCAUCUAUUAGCACUCAGUUUAUCCGUCCAUCUGUGGAGAAGUUAGGCAUGGACAUGUCUCCAGCUAUUUACUGUGAUCUUUAAUUACCUGGGUAUAUUUUCGUUAAGUACCUCGCGGGAUCAGUUUCCCUCUUAUACUGUCUUAUUCUCAAGCAGGCCAAGGCAAAUCAAAUAUUUAAAUUUGUGAAUAUGUUGGAUAAACUUCAAAAUUGGCAUGUGAUAGUUUUUCUGUCACAAGAUUUUUUACUUGAUAGCUCUGAGCCUUCUCAAAAAGAAAAAAUAAAAAAUAAAAAAAAAAAAAAAAUAAUAAUAAUAAAUGAUAGCAAUACAACAGCAAAAUCCUCUGAUUCGUUUUUUCCCUUCAAGUUUCUGUCGCUGCCACAUUUCUUUUAAUAAUUCUGAAUUUGAUACUUUCACGGUUUGUAUAGAAAACAUUUUUUAGAAUCUAUGAAAAUGUCAUCAUAGUAUGUUUCCAAAUCAAAAGACUGAAAAACUUUCAGUAGCUCUUGUAGACGUAGUAUUUAACAACACUCUUGCGGCCUUAGUUUCUUCUUGUUACCAAAGUGCCUCAUUAACUUACGUUUCCUUAUUUUACUUCAUUUUCCUUCUAUGAACUAUCUAGUACCUCUUGUUUAGGAAUUAGUGCUAAAUAAUAUAUCAAAUCACCUGAUGUCUGUUUUAUGUACAGCGUUCCUAGCUGGUAUAUUUUAUUUUUUAAUAGUGAGACACUGAGAAAUUAGAGAGGUAGGUUGCGUAUUUUGUGGAGGAUUUUAGUUUCUCUCUGUUUUUCUUUGAUAAUUGUAUGACCUGUGUCACUGCAUUUGAGGAAACUAGAUUUUGUUCAAGCUCAUUUCUCACUCUAACAUCUAUUGUUCUUUUUUUCCAUAUUGGUUUUCUGUAUGUAUUGGUUUACUUAAAUUGUUACUUAAUUUCGGCUCAAUUCUUAAGUUGUAUGAUGAAGAGAUUGACCCUCUCUUAUAUUUCAUGCAAAGAAUAAGGAGCUUUAAAUGAUUUUUUAUACCUUUUUCAUUGUGUCCUCUUCUCAGUUGAUCUAUGGAGUUGCGAAGACUUGAUUUGGCUUUAAGUCUUAAGACUAUUGCUCCCUUGAUCAUUGAUAGUUAUGUUUUCAAGUUGUUUUAUUACAAAUUUUAUUUUGAAAAUGUUAUUCUUUUUUUGUUUUUCAUUUUGCAAUUGUUUGUAUCAACGCGGUUUUGGAAACUCAAUCAUUAGCCCUUAUGUUGGUUCUAUUAAACUUAUGUUUCCUCUGCUGAUGGAGUUUUAGAUCCAAGUGCCCUCGGAAACAACUUUUAGACCUUUAAUCUCUUUUAAAUUGAUGUUUUAAACCUCAAAGAUGCACCUAGAAUUCUUGUAGGCCAUCACUAAAGCACCCAAUUGUAACAAUGGUUUAUUUAAUUUUAAGCUCAUUAUGUUUCGCUCUCUUUUAGCUUGUACUUUUAGUUCACUUCCCUCAAUAAUUACAAUCAGGAAUUAAAUGCUUGAGAGAAAGAAGAAAAAAGGUGGUGUUGUUAGAAAAUUAGUUGUCUGGAUCAAUGAUUUAGUUAUAGGAAGAACUGAUUAAUUUUCAAUUUGUAAAAAAGGAGAAUUUGCACACAAAAAUUGUAUUCCUUCAUCUGGGAGUGUUUAUUGACCUGAGUACCCAGUAAUUUUUCAAAGGUGGGAAAUCAUUAAAAAACUAAAAACUUUAAAAAUGAGAAAAUGCACUGCCUAGUAAUGUCAUCAGGUAACAUUUCCCAUUUAAAGACAUAUUUUAGCAGAUUACAUCUUGCCAUUUUUCCCGCAAUACUUGUUUAAUUUAGAAACGAAGCAUAUUCUCAUGCUCAGUCCUCUCAGUUAGUAACAUGGUAUUCAUCAAAUUUCAGUCUCUUGCAAUUUCUCCGUUGUAAUGAACAGAAUAAAUCAAAAUAAUGACUACUCUAUCUAACUAUAAGGAAUUUCCCUGGCUUGUAAUUUAUUUUAAUUUUCCUCCCGAAAGUCUGUCACUUUUUGAACAUCCAUUCAUUGAAAAUAAAAGAACAAUACUCAAGAGUACAUCAACGUAGCUUAAUUUUGAUCCUGAAUUUACAAAAUUAGAUGACAGGUCGUGUAUACUUGCAGAACAAUCAAGCUCACAUUGCUGAUUUUGCGUAGAUUUUCAAAAAGUUACAGCAAUCACUGCAGUGAUCUUGUUCAUUUAAUUCUUACAUUUUUGACUAGUAUAGAGUGCAAAUAGUUUACUGAAAUUUCCCCUGAUUUUCUUGAACGAUGUUUAUCCACGAAAAGAAAGUUCAAAGUUGCGUGUUUUUACCUGGCAUUUAAACGCGCAUCACCUAGAAAACCAAGAUGGCAUCUGCAGAGAUCCCUCCAACAGUGGCCACUUUUUUGACUCAGCAUUCUCUUCGAUGCGAUCAGUGGCCGGUACGUAAACAACAGAAAGUAAGCAAACUCAUCGGAAGGUUUUCAUGUUCAGGAAUAUCAUGACCUUUUUAACAUUAAUAAGGCACCUGACAAUGCACUCUAUGAAAAUUUAAAGAUUGUGAACUAUGUGCACUCUGUAAGUACUUUUCAAAAAUGGCAAGAGUCACUUUGGCCAAUGAGGCAAUUUUUACCCUAAAUUUGGUGUAUCAAGCAAGUUUUUUUACUUGCCAUCUCCUCAAAAUAAUCUUAAGUCGUGAAAAUAUCUUCUGUAGGUAUACCUUUCUUCAUAAUCUCUUAUGCCUAUAAGUUCAUUCAGAAGAUUUAUGGUCUGGGCAGGACAUACUUGAGAAGAUUUCAUCAUACUUUGAGACUCAAGAAUUAAAAGUUGUUAUUCAUGCCCUCCAAUGCAAUUUUCUUAUUUUAGGUAUCACUUUUCAAGUUAAGUUACUGUUUUUACUCUCUUUUUUUUGUAAAACGAAUCAAAGCCCACUUUUUUUCUCAUCACUGGAUUUUCAUAAUGUAACUGUGACGUGGAUUUUCAAAGGAAAAAUAUGAAAUGCAUUGUUGUACAACAUUUUUUUGUGACAGUCUGUCGCUCUUCCCUGAGAAUUAAAUGAAAAAUUGAAAUAAGACUCAGUUCUUGUGUUAAGGGAUGCUCAGACUGAUAAACCUUUUGAUGCGCAGGAAUGUGUCAGUGCUACGAGUGCUUAACACAGUGGCCAACAAAAGCAGUUGACUGUAAGUUGCAUCAUAGAAUAGGCUCUGUACUUCUUAGUUUUUUUUUUUUCAUUAGUUAAAGGAGCUUAGUUUAAUUGAAAAAUCAUCACUAGGUUUUUUUAAUGUUUUCGUUAGACCUUAAGAAGAAUUAGUUUGAAAAUUCUGACAUGUUUGAAAUUAGAGUUGGGCCGAAAUGAAUUUUUCGCGUCACCAGAUACCGAUAUCGAUUUUUUGUAUCGGGUCGGAGCCGCAUUCGGGAUACCUAAUUCGCUGACGUAUCCGGCCGGAAUGGAUAAUAUUGGAUCCGGAUUGUGUUUUUUGGCAUGAGAAAAAUCUCCAGAUUUUGCGUUUGGGACAAGAGGCACAUUCUAUAUUAGACCAUUGAGACAGUCAUCCACGAUGUAUGUGCCUUUGUACGGGCAACCUCCUUAUUUUUCAAAGGCGCGCGAUGAGGCCGGCUGUAACGAAUACAAAAAAAAAACGACCUGGCAAAUAAGCAGUAGCAGCCUGAGCAGCAUUAGCUUUCAUUGGGUUCAUGGUGUGUGCCAGACGAAUCUGAUGUGCAGAAAAAAAGAUAUUAUCAGAGGAGUAAACAAGACAAAAGUGAAAAACAGCGCUACCAACCUCACACUUUUGAAAGCACUGUUGCCGCUUGCUGGUAAAAAGUCGCAGCAUCUCAAAGUCCGUCUUGUGACGGAAAUUUGUUUGGUUAAUCUCUGUUGAUGAGAAUCUUUGAAUGAACAAGAAAAAUGUUUGUUUAUACCUAUUACGAACUUAAUUGGCCUUUGUUUCGAUACCGCGAUGACAAACUGCGUACUGCGCCAUUACGAUAAUUGCGGAGUUACGCUCAGACUAAAAAUGUCGCCAUCGGGGAACUUAUGCACAUGUUGGUACCAUUGUUUUUUUUCUCUCUCUUGCACCUACAUGCUUUGUCUGUGAAAGUGGAACACGCAGCCUUUGGGAAAUAAGGCCUGAAUACAUGCUCAAAUUUCCGUCAAUUUCUGAUCAAAGUGAUGACAAAAAUGGCGGCUGAGAAUUAUCUAAAUUGGUAUCUAGAAUUAAUUAAAACAGCGCGUGUUGAUUGAAAUAAGCAUGAAAUAAGCAUGGUUGUGUGAAAAUCAGAUGAAGGAUAAGACCCACAGUUCCAUCAUCUACCAUCAAAUUUUUGCAGGCUGCAACAAAUUGAUGGUAGAUGGUACCUACGCACAAGUCAGCAUUUGAUUGGAAAUUGAUGAAAUCUGAGCGUGUAUCCAGGCCUUUAAGAAUUACGUUGCGAUCGUGUGAAUGUGCGGAAAAUGCACUUUAUUCCGGUAAUAACAAGUUUUGGAAUGUUGAAAAAUUACCAUGACUAGACUAGUCAAAGUGCGCCGAUAAAAGCGCCAAAAUAUCACUAGAAAUUUAUCGAAAUUUUCACGGCUGAAAACGCACUGUCUGGCGGGUUCAAAAAUUGGAAAGCGCGAAUACACGGCUGGAUACGGAUACCUGCGAAAAUCAUAUCCGGCAAUCCGAUAAUCGCCGGAUACCUACCCGGCCCAACUCUAUUUGAAAUAGUGCGUUGAGAAUGUGCAUAGGGGCCCAUCCAUAAAUCACAUUGUCGAUUUUUUCUAAAUCUUAACACCCCCCUCCAUUUCCAAAAACACUCUUGAGAAUGACUUUAAUUCAGAGUCUAAUUUCGGAAAAGAAACUCUGGAACAUAUAUUUUACCUCUCUAUUUUUCUUUCUUCCUAGUAUUUUCAUUCCUCUAAAUUUUCGAGCUAGAGGCUCUCUCAGCUUUAUAUCAUCAGGCUUGACUUUUCCUCUCCCUUUUCUUUGGACCUGAAACUUUCCCUCUAGGGUGUGUCAGUUUAUGUAUGGACAGCUCUCCAUGGUGAAUUUUUGGAAUUUGGUUUGGUACUAUUUUACAAUCAGUCAUUAAUUGACUCUCGGAAGUGUAUUAAUAACAUAACUUUAUUUUGUAUUGGUGAUUAUGUUACCGUAAUAAAAAAAUGUUCAUCGAUUU